GUCAUUAUCAUAGUCACAGAAGAUAGAACGUCAAUACGUCAUAUUAAUUUUUUAAUUACUACCUAUACUCUUUAGUUAUUAUCACAGAGGCACAAAACAACUCAUUAGUCAUUUGUCGACUUGUCACUCGUCGUUUUCACAUUUCUACUCGUGUUAGUCACCUAUACAGUCUUAUUCUACUCGUUAAUCAUUUGUCAGUAAUUAUCAUAAUUCAACGUUUUCAUUUAUUUCUUAACGAAUAAUUAUAAUUAUUAUAUCCGGAUUUAACUUGCAUUUUUAAUUCCAAUAAUCAAUAAAUAUGAGCUAUCCAGGAUAUCCUCCUAACAAUCAGGGAUUCCCUGGCCAACCUGGAGUGCAACAGCCUGGUUCUCAGUUACCCUAUCCACCAUAUCCCGGAGGUAAUGUAGGACAACAAGGGUAUCCAAUGCCAAGUGCUUAUCCACCAGGCCAACCUAGCUAUCCCCAACAGAGCCCAUAUCCUCCUCAAAUUGGUCAGUAUCCACCACAACCAUCUGGACAGUUCCUACCUCAAUCUGGUCCUUAUACUCCAAAUCCACCAAUGUAUCCAUCAUCAGCUGUACCUAGCCAAUACCCAUCAUCGACUAUAACAGGUCAAUAUCCAUCCACUAACCCUGGCCAAUAUCCACCACAGGCCUCCGCAUAUCCAAAUGCCCAACUGCCUUCUAGUUAUGCACCUCAGUCAGCUGCCUACCCAACUCAAUCAGCUUAUCCACCCACUCAACAAACAUCUUCAAUUUAUCCAAAUAUGACAGCUGGUGGUUAUAAUAGUGGUUCUCAAGUUCCACCACAAGCAGCAUAUCCACCUAUUAGCACUCCUGCUCAUUAUCAACCAUUGAGCAGCUCACCUGCUCAAAAAAAGUCUAAUCCAACAGUUCGUCCAGCUAAUCCAUUUGAUCCACGUCGUGAUGCUGAAAUAUUGCGUAAAGCUAUGAAAGGGUUUGGAACUGAUGAAAAAUCAAUCAUACAGGUCUUGGCUCAUAGAGUUAAUUCUCAAAGACAGGAAAUAGCAAUUCAAUUCAAGACUAUGUAUGGCAAAGAUUUGAUAUCUGAUUUGAAAAGUGAACUAAGUGGAAAGUUUGAAGAUCUGAUUGUCGCACUCAUGACACCUACUUAUGAUUUUCUCGCUAAAGAAAUUCACAAUGCUAUUGAUGGUAUUGGCACUAAUGAAGAAACAAUAAUUGAAAUCAUAUGUACUGCUUCUAAUGCUGAAAUUAAUAACAUAAAAAUGGCAUACCAUAAAUUAUUUGGAAAUGACUUAGAAAAAGAGCUUAUGGGAGAAACAUCAGGAAGUUUCCGGCGAUUAUUAGUGUCGCUUUGUCAGGGGCAACGUAAUGAAAAUACAUUUGUUGAUGUUGCAUCUGCACAAGCUGAUGCACAAAACUUGUUACAAGCUGGCGAAUUACAAUUUGGAACGGAUGAGUCUACAUUCAACAUGAUUUUAUGUAGCCGUAGUUUCUGUCAACUACAACAAGUAUUUUUGGAAUAUCAUCGUCUAACUGGAAGAGAAUUUGAAGAUGUUAUCAAAAGUGAAUUCAGUGGUGAUAUUGAAAAUGGACUUAAAGCGAUUGUGAAAUCUGUAAGAGAUAAAAGUGCAUACUAUGCCAAACGUUUACAUGAAAGUAUGGCUGGUUUUGGCACAAAUGACAGAACACUGAUUCGUAUUGUUGCAACUCGUUGUGAAAUUGACAUGGUCGAUAUAAAAAAUGCUUACAUGUCGAUGUAUGGGAAAUCUUUGGAAACUGAUAUUGCGUCUGAUACAUUUAUGGACGAUACAUCAGGUGACUACAAAAAAUGUCUGACGGCUCUAGUUGUUGGCUAAAAUAACUAUACAUAUAAUCUUAUACAGUAUUCUAUUUAUAUAAUCAUUAAUACAUUUUACGCCUUUUGCAUUAUUUAAUAUUGAAAUCUAAAAUUGAUAUAUAAUAUUUUCAAUAUUUGCAUUUAAUAUUAAUAAUGUUUUCAUAAAUAUGUUUACUCAUUCUUAUAGCAAGAUUUCAUAUAUAAUAAUUAAAUUUCAUAUUUCAUUCUUUUUUUUUUUUUUGCUAUGAAUUUAAGCAUAAUAUAAAUGUUGGUAUUUAAUAAUUAAACACUUUGGGCUUGGGUAUUUAAAAAAUAAAGGUAAUUUUUAAUAUUACAUAAAUAUAUAAUAUAUUAUAGGCAUUUCUAUUUUUUUUACAAAUUUGACACACAGUAUACAUUUAAACUCUCUUUGUCAAAUUACAUUAUGUCAAUUGUUUUAUUAUUAUUGAAGAUUUGUUAAUUCUUUCUUUAUUUUUCUAUAUUGUUAUUUAAAUAAAUAAACCAAAUUAAAAUUAUUAGUGGCAUCUGCUUGAUAUUUGUCAUAUAAAAUUAUUUUAAGUAAUACAAAUAUUAUAGUUUUUAAGCAGGGUAAAUAUGUGCCACUCAUUAACAAUUAUUGUAAAACACUGGAAGAAUUUUAUAAACUCAGUGUUUAUGACUUUUAUAAGUCUUAAAAUUGGUGCUUGCUAAUUUAAUAUUAAUUUGUUAUUAUACUUGAAUUAUUAUACAAAUUUUAAUUGUAAUUGCAUUUAACAUUUGAUAUUUAUAAAUUAUGAUUAAUUUAUUAAUAAAUGUAUAAAU